UUUAAUUCGCUUAUUUUGCGGAUGUCCGGUUCAACCGAUCUAACCAAAACCAUGCAAAAUUUUAGGAAGAGUGGAAGACCGUAAUAAUGGGCUUUUAAUAGCCCAGUGAGUGAACUAAUCAAUGACUCUAGACGAAUAAGAGGUUUUUCCUGAGCUCUGUUAACUUUCCGUUUGCGUCUUCUUUCCAUUCUCUGAUUUCCUUACAUAUCUCUUCUGUCUUCUACAAAGACCAGAUCUCUCAUCUGUGUUCUGUUGUUUUAUCUCAACCAAAGCCCACACGUCACGUUACAACAAAUAAAAAAAAACAUUGAUAAAAUCGAAAAAUCAAUCAUUUUUUUGUUUCCAAGCAAUCUAUUUAUCUAUUACCCAUCUCGAAUUCGACCAAACCCAUGUUCUAAUAUCCUUGGAAACAUUGGAAUCUAUGUUAAAAAUCCCUUCUUUAUUCCGUUGAAGAUAUAUAGUUAUUUAGUCGUUGGUGACGCAAUUAGGUUUACACACAGAGAUGGGAUCGGCUGCGGUUGCGAGCUCUUCUUCUGAUGUUGCGAUCUCAGCUCUGCGUGAGAAGCAUGAGAAGGAAGUAGAGAAUCUAACAUUGACGACACAACCUUUGAAUACAUUGAAGUUGUUUGUUGAGGCUACUAUUCAGUACAUCAAGCGAUCGAUAUCGUAUCUUGUGGCUCAUGGAGGAUGGUUUAUACUUAUAACAACUUUGUUAGUGGCAUCUGGUGGUUUGCUUGUCACUGUUGAUGGACCUCAUGGAAAGCAUGUGGAAGAAGUAUUAGAGUAUGUCCGAUAUGGCUUAUGGUGGAUAGCACUCGGUGUCGCAUCUUCUAUUGGUCUUGGAUCUGGUCUGCACACUUUCGUGCUCUAUUUGGGUCCACACAUUGCUUUGUUCACACUAAAAGCAACGCUAUGUGGCCGGGUUGAUCUAAAAUCUGCACCAUAUGAUACAAUACAGUUGAAAAGGGUUCCCUCAUGGCUUGAUAAAUCUUGUUCGGAAUUCGGUCCCCCUUUAAUGAUAUCAGCUGCUGGAUCGCGUGUGCCCCUUACCAGCAUAUUGCCACAAGUCCAACUAGAGGCGAUCUUAUGGGGUAUUGGGACGGCUCUUGGGGAGCUUCCUCCAUAUUUUAUCUCAAGGGCAGCUAGUAUUUCUGGAAGCACAGUGGAUGGAAUGGAAGAAUUAGAUGGUUCCUCAUCUGAGGAUAGUGGAUUUAUGGCGACUUACCUGAACCGAAUUAAGCGUUGGUUAUUAACCCAUUCACAGCACUUGAAUUUCUUCACUGUCUUGGUUCUUGCUUCGGUUCCAAAUCCUUUGUUUGACCUUGCUGGAAUAAUGUGUGGACAAUUUGGAAUUCCGUUUUGGGAAUUCUUUCUGGCGACUUUAAUCGGAAAGGCAAUCAUCAAAACUCACAUACAGACAAUAUUUAUCAUCUGCGUUUGUAAUAACCAACUGCUCGACUGGAUGGAGAACGAGCUGAUCUGGAUACUUAGCCAUGUCCCGGGUUUGGCUUCUAUGUUGCCUGGACUCACAGCCAAACUCCACGCCAUGAAAGAAAAGUAUAUUGAUGCACCAUCUCCUGUUCCAUCUCACAUCAAGGUGAAAAAGUGGGAUUUUUCAUUUGCAUCGAUCUGGAACGGGAUAGUGUGGCUCAUGCUCCUCAACUUCUUUGUCAAGAUUGUGACAGCAACUGCACAGAGACACUUGAAGAAGAAGCAAGAGAAAGAAAUGGCUGCUUUGACUCAUUCAGAUUGAUUAAAUUCCCAACAAUCUUUCUUCCUUAUGCUCCAACAUCAAAACAGACACUAUCCAGAUUUGAGAAGGAUCAACAAACAAAAAUGGCUUCUCAUCUUGUCACAUUGAUUCCUGUGGGACUGUUCUGUAUAGAAAAAGAAAAAAGUUAGGAGGAAUUGGGAUUUAUGAGAUUGCAGGAGGUUUAUUUUUGUUCCUGUGAUUCCAUAGAGAAGGUUAUGUGGGAACAAGAACUGAGAACAGAAGAAAGCAUUAAUUGCUAAUUUCGUACUGUUAUUUAAUUGAAACUAGUGUCAGCUAUUAUUAUGUUCUAUGCUUAGUUCCUGUUA